UCGCAGCACAAAGCGGCAGCAGCAUCUCAGCGGUGCGACAUUUCGGCUUCACUCACUUCAUAAAAAGCGAAUAAAACUGAACAAACUGCGCGGAAUCACAGCGCACAAACUCAGGGAGUUUCUCCUGCUCAACUUCUUAUUUGUGUUCAGGAGUGAAUGGAAAUCCGCCUGAAAAAGGACAAUGGACACCUUCUUUGUUGAGGUGAUGGGUGUAAAAUGUGAUGGAGUCGAGGACUUGUCGACUCUCACUGAGCUCAACACACAGGCCAUAAUGCACAACCUCUACCUCCGUUACCAUAAAGACCUCAUCUAUACGAACAUUGGCUCCAUCCUGGCUGCAGUAAACCCCUAUAAGCAGAUCCCCGGCCUGUAUGAUGGUGAGGCUGUACAACUUUACAGUAAAUGCCAGCUGGGUGAACUUCCUCCUCACAUCUAUGCCCUUGCUAAUGAGUGUUACCGCUGCCUGUGGAAGAGAUCUGACAGCCAGUGUGUACUCAUCAGUGGAGAGAGCGGUGCUGGCAAGACAGAAAGUACAAAGCUGCUACUGAACUUUCUUUCUGUAAAGAGUCAAGGUUCAUCAGAAGCUGCAGUGUGUGAGAGAUCCAACAGAGUGGAACAGGCCAUUAUACAGAGCAGUCCCAUAAUGGAGGCAUUUGGAAAUGCUAAAACAGUGUACAACAACAACUCCAGUCGCUUUGGGAAGUUUAUCCAGUUGCACUUCUCUCAAAGCGGACACAUUCAGGGCGGCUGCAUCACUCACUACCUCCUCGAGAAGAAUCGGGUUGUUCGGCAGAAUCCAAGAGAGAGAAACUAUCAUAUAUUUUACUCAUUGUUGUCUGGAGCUGAUAAACACCAAGGAGACAUGUAUCUCCUGCUGGAUUCUCCUGCUGAUUAUCACUACCUCAGGCAGUCAGGGUGUGUUCAGGAUGGAAGUCUGGAUGAUAAACAGCUCUUCCUCAGUGUGAUGACUGCUCUAAAGGUGAUGGAGUUUAGAGAGGAAGAAAUCCGUGAUGUGUUUAAAAUUCUGUCUGGAGUUUUACACAUCGGCAACAUUGAGUUCAUGACCGCAGGGGGCGCUCAAAUAACGUCUAAAGGAGUAAUCAGCAGUAUUUGUGAGCUGUUGGGAUUGGAUGCAUUUCAGUUGUGUGAAGUUUUGACUCAGCGAUCUAUCUUUCUGAGAGGAGAAGAGAUCUGCUCACCACUCACUGUGGAACAGGCACUUGACUCCCGGGACUCAGUUGCCAUGGCACUUUACUCUCAGUGUUUUUAUUGGAUCAUAACUCGGAUCAAUCAAAGGAUCAAAGGAAAGGAAGAUUUUAAAUGCAUUGGAAUCCUGGACAUCUUUGGCUUUGAAAACUUUAAGGUGAACCGUUUUGAGCAGUUUAACAUUAACUACGCUAAUGAGAAGCUUCAGGAGUAUUUUAAUAAACACAUCUUCUCUCUGGAGCAGUUGGAGUACAACAGGGAGGGAAUACAGUGGGAGGCAAUUGACUGGAUGGACAACGCUGAAUGCCUGGAUCUUAUUGAAAAGAAACUGGGCUUACUGGCUCUGGUCAAUGAGGAGAGUCGUUUCCCCAAAGGCACCGACUACACACUGCUGGAGAAAUUACACAGCAGGCAUGCUACAAAUCCAUAUUACAUCAAGCCCAGAGUUACAGACCACCAGUUUGGAAUCAAACACUAUGCUGGAGAGGUUCUGUAUGAUGUGAGAGGUGUUCUGGAGAAGAACCGAGACACUUUCAGAGACGACAUUCUCAACAUGUUGAAGGACAGCAAGUUGGACUUUAUCUAUGAUCUGUUUGAGUAUGUGGGCAGCAGGAAUGGAGAUGACACACUUAAGAUGGGAACAAAUCGGCGCAAGCCAACCGUCAGCUCUCAGUUCAGGGACUCUCUUCAUGCACUAAUGGCUACUUUAAGUGCCUCUAAUCCUUUCUUUGUGCGCUGCAUUAAACCCAACAUGGAGAAGCACGCUAAUAAGUUUGACCCGGAAGUGGUUCUGAACCAGCUGCAGUACUCUGGCAUGUUGGAGACAGUGAAGAUCCGCAGAGCUGGUUUCCCUGUACGCAGAACCUUCAGUGACUUUCUCCACCGCUACUGUGAGCUUCUGAGAGCUAAAAGGAUCACAGAUGGAGAAGACCGGAGAAAAUGUAACGAUCUCCUCACAGUGUUUGAUACGUCCAAGAAAGAGUGGCAAGUUGGAAAGACAAAGGUCUUUAUGAAAGAAUUGUUGGAGCAGAAGCUGGAGCAAGAGCGUGAUGAGGUGCGGAAAAAAGCAGGAAUGCUGAUCCGAGCUCACAUACUGAGCUUUGUGGCAAGGAAGCACUACAGGAAGAUUCGCAGCAGCGUCAUCGUCAUUCAGAAGAAUUACCGAGCUCACUUCUGGAGAAAAGUUUACCUGCGUGUGCACUCAGCCAUCAUUGUUCUCCAGAAACACCGCCGAGGACAGCUGGCACGGAGACUUUAUCAACAACUCUGGGAGAAGAGAGGGAGGGAGGAAGAGGAGAGAAGGAUGAGGGAGGAAGAGGAGAGAAGGAUGAGGGAGGAAGAGGAGAGAAGGAUGAGGGAGGAAGAGGAGAGAAGGAUGAGGGAGGAAGAGGAGAGAAGGAUGAGGGAGGAAGAGGAGAGAAGGAUGAGGGAGGAAGAGGAGAGAAGAAUAAAAGAAGAAGAGGAGAAGAAAGAGAAGGCGGAAGACGAAAAGAGAAAGAAACAGGAAGAACUGGAGGAGCAAAGAAGAGAAGAAGAGAGGUGGAGAAAAGAGAAACAUGAACAGGAACUUUUGCAGAAAAAGCUUGAAGACGAAGCUAUCAGGAGUAAAAUAGAGCAGGAGCAAGAACAGGACACUGAGGAUCUAUCUCCAGCAUACAGCAGGAUUCAACAGGAGGAGACAAACCAUCAGUUCUCCAAGUAUUCAUCAGAAGAAGAAACUCGUCAGAUGGAGAAGAUCUUAUGUCUGGAGCGAGAAAUUGAGCGGCUUCAGCGGCAGCAUGAUGAAGGUUUGGCACUGAUGAAUGAAGGGUCUCGUGAGGAGCUCCGUCAGCGUCGUGAUGCUGAAAUCUACCGACUGGAGAAGGAGGCAUCACGUGUGGCUACAGAGUUCCUGGAGAUGCUGGACUUUGGAGGUCUGGAACCAUCACUGUCCAGUGAAGAAAAUCUAAAUGAGAGUGUGGCACCACUGGCUGAGGAUGAUGAAGAUGAAGGGUUUCAGGCUGAGGAUGAAGAAUGUGCCCCACUUCCAGACCUCCCAUCUCCUCCUGCCACUGAGUUGCUGGAUCUGAAUGUAUUGUGUUUAGUUCCUCCUCCACCAGCAGAAUUUGCUCAGGAACUGCUGGAAAGUUCUUCUCUCAGACACAGCAGAACAUUAGAGACAUUACAGAUUCCUGCUUCAACUUCAGCCUCUCCAGCUUUAUUUGCUCAGGAAUCUCUUGACACCUCCAGACCAAAAUCUGCACAGAAUUCCAGCCCUAAAUCUCUUUCUACUCUCAGAUACAGCAGAUAUUUAGAGACAUUUCCUUCAGCCUCAUUCUUUCAGGAUAUAUCCAGUCCAAAAUCCGAUUCAAAUUCCAUCCCACAAUCCACUCUCUUCCUCAGAAACAGUGGGAUUUUGGAGCAGACACAGCCUAAUGCUCUACCUUCACCACCUGCUGUAGAUUACAGUGAAGUGCAGAAGAACAUCAGGAACUGGGAUAGAGAUUUGCCAGAAACAGAGUCUGAUUAUGACCGGGAGGAGUAUGAGUUAGAGGAGGCGCUGGAGAACCUUGCUGAUGGACAUGCCACUGAUGAGAAGAUGCUGAGGAGGUCCUUUUGCACAUACAACAGCAUGGAUUCCUUCAGAGGAAGUGCAGAGUCGCUGAACAGUGAUGAGGAGAAUGAUGACUAUGCAGAUACUGAUGAAGAAGUGUCUAAUGGAAGAGUCAACCUGCUGAACGGCAGCAAUCCUCCAUACUUCCACAGUUACCUUUACAUGAAAAGUGGGUUGAUGAUCCCAUGGCGUAGGCGUUGGUGUGUGUUAAAAGACGAAACGUUUAUGUGGUUCCGGUCAAAGCAGGACUCAGUGAAGAGUGGCUGGCUCUAUAAAAAAGGCGGAGGAUCGAGCACACUGUCAAGGAGGAACUGGAAAAUGCGCUGGUUUGUUCUGCGUGAGAACAAACUGAUGUACUUUGAGAAUGACAGUGAGGACAAACUCAAAGGAACCAUCGACAUCCAUAUGGCCAGGGAGAUUGUUGAUAACCACGAAAAGGAAAACGCACUGAACAUCGUAACUGAAGACAGAACAUAUCACAUUUAUGCUGAAACACCAGAAGAUGCCAGUGGUUGGUUCAGCAUGUUAAGUCGUGUACACAGCGCCUCCCCACAGCAGCUGAUGGAAUUGCAGAAUGAAUCGGCCAACCCUAAAAAUGCAGUGGGAACUCUGGAUGUUGGGCUCAUCGACUCGGUUUGUGCCUCAGACAAUCCUGACAGGCCGAACUCCUUCGUGAUCAUCACAGCCAAUCGAGUGAUUCACUGUAACGCAGACCUGCCUGAGGAGAUGCACCACUGGAUCGGGCUGUUACACAAACCCCGAGCAGAGGCACGCAGCGAUGGGCAGGACUUCAUCAUCAGAGGCUGGCUGCAUAAGGAGAUGAGGUCAAGUGUGAAGAGCUCGUCUUUGAAGUUGAAGAAGCGCUGGUUUGUUUUGACAGCCAACUCUGUGGAUUAUUAUAAAUCAUCUGAUCGCAGCUCAUCUCGUCUCGGCACUCUGGUGCUCAACAGCCUGUGCUCAGUGGUGCAGCCUGACGACCGAGUCUUCAAAGAAACUGGUAUCAUUGGAUUUUUUAAAUUUGGUUACUGGAACGUCGUGGUGCACGGCCGGAAGCACUCGUACCGUCUUUAUACCAAACUCCUGAAAGAGGCCAUGAGAUGGGCGUCAGCCAUUCAGAGCGUCAUUGAUAACAAAGCUCCAACUGAGACGCCCACACAGCAGCUCAUCCGAGAGAUCAAGGAGAACAGUCUGAAUGUUGAGUCAGUGGAGCAGAUGUACUGGAGAAACCCGAUACUGCGGUACACACAGCAUCCCUUGCACUCCCCACUACUGCCUCUGCCCUAUGGAGACAGCCUUCAUAAGGAGAAAGGUUACUCUAGUCUGCAGGAUGAAGCAGUGAAGAUCUUUAACUCUCUGCAGGAGAUGGAGGUGGUGGCUGAUCCCAUCCCCAUCAUCCAGGGAAUCCUGCAGACCUGUCACGACCUCCGGCCAAUCAGAGAUGAAGUCUACUGCCAGCUUAUCAAACAAACCAAUCACGUGCCUCAGCCACACAGCUCUGCAAGCCACGCCCACUGGCACCUGCUCACUUGCAUGAGCUGCACCUUCCUUCCGAGUCGAGGCAUCCUGAGAUACCUGAAAUUUCACUUGAAGAGGAUAAGAGAAAGAUUUCCCAGCACAGAGUUGGACCAUUAUACUGUCUUUAUUACUGACUCACUGAAGAAGACAAAGAUACGUGAGUGCGUACCAUCGCAGGAGGAGAUCAGUGCUCUUAGUAACAGACAGGAAAUGACAUCCACCGUCUAUUGUCAUGGGGGUGGAGCCUGUAAAAUCUCCAUUAACUCACACACUACUGCUGGAGAGGUGGUGGAGAAGCUGAUCCGCGGCUUGGCCAUGGAGGACAGCAGGAACAUGUUUGCUCUGUUUGAGCACAAUGGGAGUGUUUAUCGGGCUGUUGAGAGUCGAGUCAUAGUUGCAGAUGUGCUGGCCAAGUUUGAGCGCUUGGCGUUAUCAGAGCCUGAGUCCCAAUGGAAGCUAUACUUUAAGCUCUACUGUUUCCUGGAUGUAGAGAGCACACCUAAAGAUGGAGUGGAGUUUGUCUUUAUGUUUGAGCAGGCUCAUGAGUCGAUAAUCAGUGGUCACUUCCCAGCUCAUGAGGAAACACUGCAGCAUCUGGCUGCUCUUCGUCUGCAGUAUCUUCAUGGAGAUGCCAUGGCAGUAAACUGGAAGCUGGAGAGUGUUUACCCCCUCAAACGCAUCCACAAACGCAUCCUUCACUUCACCAGAGGACGAGGAGGAGCAGGAGGAACACUGGAGAAGCGCCGUAGCAGCUUUCUGGAGGGCCUGAAGGCAGGGGGGUCAUUGAGGAAGCAUCGCAACAUUCAGGAUGAACAGAUGAUGUUGGACAUGUGGGUAAAGGAGGAAACGGAGGGGACAAGAGCUAACAUCAGGGGAAAAUGGAGCCGGCUGAAUGGAUUGGAUCAGCAGCAGGCCAUGAUCAAGUACAUGGACAUCGUCACACAGUGGAGUGGGUACGGAUCAACUCUGUUCGACGUUGAGUCGAAGUGUGGUGGUUUUCCCUGUGAGCUGUGGUUAGGUGUGAGUGCUGACAGUGUGUCUGUGUAUAAGAGAGGAGACGCCAGGCCACUGGAAACGUUUCCAUAUGAACACAUUGUGUUUUUCGGAGCGCCGCAGCAGAACACUUAUAAACUCAGUGUGGAGGGACGCGACCUGCAGUUUGACACAGUACAGGUUGGUGAGAUCACAAAGAUCAUGAAGGCUUACAUCAACAUGAUCGUUAAGAAGCGCUGCAGUGUUCGCUCCACCUCCACUGGGACUGGUGACCUCCACCGGGACAGGUGACCUCCACCGGGACAGGUGACCUCUACUGGUACAGGCGACCUCUACUGGUACAGGCGACCUCUACUGGUACAGGUGACCUCCACCGGGACAGGUGACCUCUACUGGGACAGGCGACCUCUACUGGUACAGGUGACCUCCACUGGGACAAGUGACCUCCACCGGGACAGGUGACCUCCACAGGGACAGGUGACCUCCACCGGGACAGGUGACCUCCACAGGGACAGGUGACCUCCACCGGGACAGGUGACCUCCACUGGGAAAAGUGACCUCCACCGGGACAGGUGACCUCUACUGGGACAGGCGACCUCUACUGGUACAGGUGACCUCCACUGGGACAAGUGACCUCCACCGGGACAGGUGACCUCCACAGGGACAGGUGACCUCCACCGGGACAGGUGACCUCCACUGGGAAAAAUGACCUCCACCGGGACAGGUGACCUCUACUGGGAAAUGACUUUGAAGCAGGAAUUUCCAUUGAGGAAAAGCUGUAAAACCUCACCAAAAUGGUAGAUUAGAUUAGAUUAGAUUAGAUUAGAUUAGAUUAGAUUAGAUUAGACACAUUAUACAUUCGACUGGAACACAGCCUGUGCAUUGUGAGCAUGUUUAGGAUAAACAUUGAUGCCUUCCUGUCCUUUUGUCUCUCAACACUAAUGUUAAUUUUAUUCAGUUAUGUGAACUGUUUAUUUAUUUAAUAUUUUUAUUAAUAAUUAUAUUAUUAUUACUGUUAAUACAAGUAUUACAAGCAGCUUUAAUAAAAUCAGUCACUAAUCUGCUCGGCUGCUGGCAGCUGCGCUAAACCAUUUAGCUAUCACUUUGUAACUGGACGAACCGAUGUUAAUAAAUUAUUGUGUUUUACA